UUUGAAGCGAAUGAGUAAAUAUUAUUCUUCCAGGCGACUGCGGAGAAAAUUAAACGCGGUGGAGAAUAGCUUAGUGUUAUUUAUAAGCAGCCAUGUUUCACUGUAAAGUGGCUUAAUUGAAUUUUUUGACCAUUUAAGGAGUCUCUAACUUUGUGGAACUGACAGCCAGCGCGAGUAUGGAUGCCGGUGGAGGGGUGAAGGCUCCGUGCCUCGCUCCCAGCAGCGGGGAGAAUAUUCAAGCUCCCAAACAUCUGUGGAGACAACAGGACCAAGCGGCUCUUCAGCCUCAAUCUCAGGCUCAGGUUCACGUUCAGGUUCAGCUCCAGUCUCAGCAGUGCCACGGAGCGCGGAAGAGCCACCGGGUGAGACAGCGCGGCUUCUCGGACAACGAAAAAUACCUCUGUCCGAGGACGAUGGAGCGCACGUAUGCCGUGGACACCGGCGGUCGCCCCGGUCUCAAGAAAUCCAGGAUGUCAUGGCCAUCGUCCUUUCAAGGACUCCGACGUUUCGAUGUGGAUAAUGGAACGUCGUCAGGACGCAGCCCGUUGGACCCGAUGGCCAGCCCUGGCUCGGGUCUCAUCCUGCAGGCUAACUUCGUGCAUAGCCAGCGGAGGGAGUCGUUCCUGUACCGCUCCGACAGUGACUAUGACCUCUCACCAAAGUCCAUGUCUAGAAACUCCUCCAUCGCUAGUGACAUACAUGGAGAUGACAUGAUCGUUACCCCUUUCGCACAGGUCCUGGCUAGCUUAAGGACUGUACGGAAUAAUUUUUCAGCACUGACGAAUGUACAACAAGAGCGAGCCUCCAACAAGAGAUCACCAAUGUGUAACCCUCCCCCAAUCACAAAGACCACGUACUCAGAAGAGGCCUACCAGAAGCUGGCCACCGAGACGCUGGAGGAGCUCGACUGGUGCCUAGACCAGCUGGAGACCCUGCAGACCCGGCACUCGGUCAGCGAGAUGGCCUCUAACAAGUUCAAGAGGAUGUUGAACCGAGAGCUGACCCACCUGUCUGAAAUGAGCCGCUCUGGAAACCAGGUGUCUGAGUACAUCUCCAAUACUUUUUUAGACAAGCAGCAUGAAGUGGAAAUGCCGUCUCCACAGUCACAGAAGGACAAAGAGAAGAAGAAGCGGCCGAUGUCCCAGAUCAGCGGCGUGAAGAAGCUCACACACAGUUCCAGCCUCACAAAUUCCAACAUCCCUCGCUUCGGAGUCAAGACAGACACAGAGGAAGCACUGGCCAAGGAGCUUGAAGAUGUGAACAAAUGGGGCCUUAAUGUUUUCAAAGUCACAGAGUUCUCUGGCAACAGACCUUUAACAGUUAUGAUGUACACAAUAUUCCAGGAGAGAGACUUAUUAAAAACAUUUAAAAUUCCACUUGACACUUUUAUAACGUACCUGAUGACGUUAGAAGACCAUUACCAUAGCGAUGUUGCCUACCACAACAACAUCCACGCUGCCGACGUGACUCAGUCCACUCAUGUGCUGCUCUCCAGCCCUGCUCUCGAGGCAGUUUUCACAGAUUUAGAGAUUCUUGCUGCCAUAUUUGCCAGCGCGAUACACGAUGUCGAUCAUCCUGGCGUCUCCAACCAGUUCCUCAUUAACACUAACUCUGAGCUGGCUCUGAUGUAUAAUGACUCGUCUGUGUUGGAGAACCAUCACCUGGCUGUGGGCUUUAAGCUGCUGCAGGAGGAGAACUGUGACAUCUUCCAGAACCUCACCAAGAAACAGAGACAGUCGCUGCGCAAGAUGGUCAUCGACAUUGUUCUGGCGACGGACAUGUCGAAACACAUGAAUUUACUGGCAGAUCUGAAAACCAUGGUGGAGACGAAAAAAGUCACCAGCUCUGGAGUUCUGCUGCUGGAUAAUUAUUCAGACAGGAUACAGGUGCUACAGAACAUGGUGCAUUGUGCAGACCUCAGUAACCCCACCAAGCCGCUGCAGCUGUACCGCCAGUGGACGGACCGCAUCAUGGAGGAGUUCUUCAGCCAGGGAGACCGCGAGAGGGAACGUGGCAUGGAGAUCAGCCCCAUGUGUGACAAACACAACGCUUCAGUCGAGAAAUCCCAGGUGGGCUUCAUCGACUACAUCGUGCACCCGCUGUGGGAAACGUGGGCAGACCUGGUGCACCCCGAUGCCCAGGACAUCUUGGACACUCUGGAAGACAACAGGGAGUGGUACCAGAGCACCAUCCCACAGAGCCCGUCCCCCGCACUGGACACAAACACAGAGGGACGCCGCAACACCACCCACGACAAGUUCCAGUUCGAGCUCACGCUGGAGGAGGACGGAGAAUCAGACACGGAGAAGGACAGCGGCAGCCCUCCAGAUGAGGAGGAGGAGGAGGAAGAGGAAGAAGACGAGAACAGCUGCAGUGACUCUAAAACCCUUUGCACACAGGACUCGGAGUGUACCGAGAUCCCCCUGGAUGAACAGGUGACUGAGGGGGAGGAGGUAGGAGAGGAGCAGAGAGAGGAAGAGGGCGAGAUAUCAGAACCCUGCGUUUUAGUGGAACGAGAGGAGGAGGAAGAGGAGGAGGAGGAGGAGGAGGAAGAGGAGGAUGAGGAAGAGCAGGACACUGCCAAUACGUAACACAGUAUGAGAUAGCAUCCGGACUUCUUUUAUACUAGACAUGAGAGCCACUUAUUUAUGGAUAAGCUGUAGGGUUUUUCAUAUUUUUAUGUUUUUUUGUGUGUGUGUGUGUGUGUGUGUGUGUGUGUACUGUACAUCUAUCCGUAAGUGUGUAUUCAUUUCCUUCUCACCGUCACUGACAUCAUCCAUAUUUUUUAUUUUUUUAUAUUUCAGCCAUGACUAGUGCCGUUUUACCCAUUUUUGUACUCAGGAAAGUCUUUUCCACGCACACAUUUGAAACAAACAUUUGUCUUUUGGUAAUAUUUCUGUUUUUUAGGUGGAAUUUAAAACAAGAUAUUCGUGUAGUUUUCGGUUUCAUUUGCCAAAAACACCCAUCAGACCAUCUGUUUUAUUUUGGGGUUUUAUUUUCCAACUUGUGGUUUGGUUUGGUGGGAGCUUCAUUGCAUGGAGACACAUGCGGCUGGUAGACAUUCACAACACAAUUUGAAUGUUAUUUCUUCCUCAAAGUCUAGAUCUACUUUAUUUGCAGUACUUAGUGUAGAUAGACUCAUUACCAAAGCUAAUAGAAAAUGACUCAUGGCACAAGGAAAUCAAACUGAAAAAAAAAAAUAUUACAAUCGGCGACUGCCAAAGAGUGUUUUUUUUGUCGUUGUUCUUGUUGUCGAGGUUUUUUAAGUGUUAUGUGGCGUCUUUAUGGAAUAACAUUUUUGUUCAUUAUUUAUUAGAAAGAGUGCUCCGUUCGGUGCAGGCCUUCAGUUACGUAAUAACUCACACUAAUCAUCGUCUUGUUUUGUUUUUUUUGUUUAUUUUCUCGAUGUUGCUUAGACAAGCCUUAAGAAUUUGUUGCCUGUCCAAAAACCAGAAGCUUCAUCUAUAAAUGUGUUGGAAAGUUUGAGCUAAAGAUUCAACAACAGGCCAGAUUUGAGAUGGCGAAUCGAAUGAUAGGUUGUUUCACUCUUUUGUCAGGCUUUUCAUUGUUCGUGGAAACACUUUUCUGUUUGCCAAGACGUAAGCUGACCCCUAAAUGUCUCUCUACCGCUUACUUCUAUAUCCGCUCAAUGACCAAUUUAUUAGGAACAUGUGAGAAAUGUGAUCUCGGUGACUUGACCCAUGGCAGGGAUGUUUAGUAUUUCAGAACCUGCUGAUGUCCUGAGAAUUUCACACACAAAACAACACACCACACAGAAUUGUGUGAAAACAAAAAAACAUCCAAUAAGUGUCCUUUGUUUUUCGCACAAUUCUGUGUAAACUCCACUGAAGCGCUUGACGUGCAUCUGCAUAAUUCUAUGCAUCGCCCUGCCGCCACCUGAUUGGCUGAUUGCAUCGUUGAUCAGGUGUCGUGAUGUUCCUAAUAAAGUGGAUGACGAGUGUAGACACUACGUUUAACAUGUAGUCAUUAGCACAUAUUGAUACUAAUGAAUACAUAUGGUAUGAAGCAAUAUCCAACUUUCAUUCUCGUCACUGGGAUGAUAUCAUCAGUAUGUAACUUAUACCUGGAUAUUAUGUAGUGUAUCUUUAAACAACUCUCAGUACAUCGCUGGUACUUAAUGUCACAUAACUAAAAGUCCAAAGAUGUCCCCUUGAUGGUACCACCCCAGUGACGAGAAACAGCACAGUUUGGUGUCAUGUUCAUUUCUGGAAAUUCAUUUAGGAUUCAGACAUACUGUCUAUAUGUAAUGAGACCCAAAAGUCUGAGACCACACUGAAAAUCUUUUAUUUAUUUAUUUCGUUUUCAUUCAUAACUACAAAUAACUGAAAACAAACAAAGGAACUGUUCAAUAGAAAUAGAGUAUUCAUUAUUUGAAAGGAUUCCUAGAUCACUAAUUAAACAUAAGCAAAUUGCCAACUCCUCUAUACAAAAGUCCAUUGAAGUGUGUGUUUAGACGGCAUUCAUUUAAAUCAGACAUCCGAUCUAACAUGAAUCAUCAGGGUUUAAAUAAAACUUGUGGAGUCUGUGCCAGCUGUGUCAAGCAGAAAAGGGGACGGAUAAAUUACUAAGAAAUUCGGAAAUGCGUGUCAACAUUUCGUGCUGAUUAUUGAUGGCAACGUAUUUUGGAGUUAAACAGAAUGCGAAUUAGAAGCAUUUCCACUAGUAGUCUCAGACUUCUGGACUCAUCUCUGUGCAAGCAAAAUCCCUCUAGCUGCAAAUCUUUUUUUAGAUGACUGUGAAUGAACAGGUCAGAUCCGAAGCACCAGUGCCAGGCAUGCAGAUCAAACUUUUCUCUGUAAGCCAGAGAUUCACCGUUUAGAGCUGGUUAAGAUGAGCCUAAGGCUGAAGGCCAGUCUUCUUCUUCUUCUUCUUCUUCUUCUUCUUCUUCUUCAUUCCUCAUUCUGGUUUCAAAUGAUCACAGGGCGAUCAGCACUAAUGUGACUACGUGCUGAAACUUACACACAUUUCCCCGCACCCUUACACCUUUUUCAGUUUGCGUUUGCCAUUAUGAGCCCCUUUCUAAUAUAUUAUCCUUCUUUUCAUCUCUGUGCUUGUAGCACGGUGAAAUCGAGUCCAACUGUAGCAGCAGGAAGGUGAUGAGUGAGCAAGUCUGAGGAUAUUUCGAUUAGAAUGCAGUAACUGUAAUGUCAUCAAAUGUUCAAAGACCAUUUUAUACAAAAUGUAUAAAUACCCUACCUUUAGAAACAGCCCAACCUUAUUAUUAUUAUUAUUAUUAUUAUUAUUAAUUAAUUUAUUUCUUGUCAUUGCCAAAUGAUUUCCUCUCCAUCAGUUGUUGAUCCUCAGCCAGUUUCCUUGCUUUCAGUGGUUUCUCAUUUCUGUCUGUUUACAUGUAUUUAUUGUGCUGUACAGUACAUACUGUUGUUCUUACCAUGUUGUAAAUGAUUCUAUCAUCCCUAAUGGUGAUGGUGUUGCUGUAUUACAGAACUCUUAUUGAGAGAAUGUUUUAUUCUUAUCCAGUAUACUAAGGACCCAUCUAUAAACAUCUCCUGCGAGAUCGUUUUGUGUGGAGGAGUGAAGAAAUCCGAUUUUUUUCGUGUGUUUUCCUUCUUUAGAGAAACAGCAGUCCCUUGGCCAGAGGGUUGUGCCUUAAUAAACUUUUUUAUUUAAGUUUCUUAUCUUCUUGCUGCACUAAAGAAAAAGAAAAAAAGAAAAAACACCUACUGGCUGGAAAUUGACCUUAAUGUAUUUUCCUCAUUUUCAAGUGUAAGAGAUGAAUAUUUCUUUUUGUCAGUUGAUGAAAAAGGCCAGUACAGAGGAUUGUUUGGUGUCUAAAAGUAUAUCACUACAUUUGGCAGCACACUGUAAUGCUGUUUUGUUUUGUUUUUUAUUCAACCAGAUCAGAUUAGAUGUGUUUUUAUAAGCUGUCAACAUAUGAUUAUGUGCAUAACUUUGGAAAGAUGUGAUAUAUAUAUAUAUAUAUAUAUAUAUAUAUAUAUAUAUAUAUAUAUAUAUAUAUAUAUAUAUAUAUAUAUAUAUAUAUAUAUCCUGUCCCCUCUGGAAAUAUUGGAAAGAAUUGGGAUCAUCAAUUCUUUUGUUUUUGCUAGACACUGGGGAUGAAUAUGAGACAACAGAUCAGAUUUUCAGCUUUUAUUUCUUGAGAUUUACAUCUAAACUUAGACCAUGGCACUUUUGGAGGCAGAUCAGCUAAUUUUAUUGGACUGGGUAUUAAAAGUAAAGUGUUUAAGUAAAGAACACUUCAUAUUCGGUUGCAUUUACUGUACUGGCAAUAAAAUGCAUCACCUAACGGUUACAUUCGUCUCUUAUGAUGCUUCUUUCGGUUGUUGUUUGUUUUAGGUUGUUUUUCCCUUCAGUCUCCUCUUCAGGAGGUGAAAAGCUGCUCAGUUGGUUAAGGUCUGGUGAAUCAAUCAAAAACCUUCCACUUUUACCCUUGAUUUUCCUCCUUUGUUGAGUUGGCAGUUUGUUUUGGGUCAUUGUCUUGCUGUUUGAUGAAGUUCCUCCCAUAUGAUUUUCUAUGUAGCCCUGUGAUGGACUGGUGAUCUGUCCAGGGUGUACCCCUGCUGUUUGCCCAAUGUGUGCUGGGAUAAGCUCCAGCAGAUCCCCGUGACCCUAAUUAGGAAUAAAGCGGGUAUAGAAAAUGGAUGGAUUUUGGCAAAAGAAAUGUUUCUGUAAAUUCCUGAAUUCAUUCUGUCAUUAGUUAUAUCAUGAAUAAAGAUUAGUGAGUCUGUUCCAGAAGCAGUCAUGCUUGACAGAAGCCCAAGCCAUGCCUCUACCACCACCAUGUUUCAUAGAUUAGCUAGUAUGGUUAAAUCUUGGUUUCAGGGCUUUUGUGGCCCAUCUCUGUGUUUCUUUGAAUUCCAGUCCAGCCUUUUGAUUCUUACAGCUGAUGAUUGGUUUGCAUCUUCUGGUAUGGCCUCAGUAUUUCAGCUGUCAGUGUCUUCUUUAGAUGGUUGAUUGAAAAUUCACCUCUGUCGUCAUCUGCUGUUGUUUUCUUGGAUGACUUAUUCGAUAGUACACCAGUGGUUUCUUUCAUUUCCAGGACAUUCCAGAUUGUAUUAUAGGAUACGCUUCAUUUUUUUUGAGCAGUGGCUUUUCCUUCUUUUCCCUGUCGAGAGCGCUCUGUUCUUCGUGUUCGUUUACCCUUUCUAACACUCAGGUGAAACCCAGGGCUCAAACCCAGAGUAGGUGUUCAGAGCUGUUAUUUAAACAUCAUUCUAUCAGGACACACCUGAGCAACAAGAAACAACUGUCCACAUUUCUGAUGACUUGAAAAAUGGGUUGUGUAACAGAUCUAGAUGUAAUCAGUACAGUAUCUGAAAGCUGAGAUUCUGAUCUGUCUAAAAUCCUGUAAUAUUUGGAUCCCAAACCCAAAUGUCUUCAGUGUAGAGCAAAAGGAAAAAGAAAUCGCCUUUGCUGUUCCAAUACUUUCGGAUGAGAUGGUAUGAACGUGUGCCAAAGCGGAAUUUGAACGCUCUAGCUCGAUGUAAAUUGUUGUAUUUUUUGGUUUUUUGGUUUUUUUUAUAUUUAGUCUGACUGGAUUUUCAGUCAGUGUUAAUAAUUGAUUUGACUGAAACAAACGAUUCAUGCUAGAUCAUUACAAAUACCGUUUUUUACUGACAUCUGUGUAACAUGCAAUAUGAAAGAAGAAGAAAAAAAAAAAAAAAACACUUUGCAUUUCCAUUGGGGACAUUUAGGCUUUUUUGUUUUUAUUUUGGAUGAAGGAUGGAAUGUCUUUAUAAACUCCAAUCCUUGAGUGGAGACUAAUUUUGACACAUAUACUGUAGAUUCCUAAUUGCCCUAAAUGGAUAGAAUCAGUGGCUCCUUUCCUUUCCUUUUUUUUUUUUUUGUCUCAUGCCAUCUUUUUACAUCAUCCGAAAAAAAAAAAAGAAAAGAAAAGAAA